AUAGAAGCUGCAGGCGGCUGUUAGCGAGCAGAGCGCAGCCGGGCCCGGGCGGGGAGGGAGCGACAGCGAGAGGAUGGCGGCGGAGCUGACGGCUGAGGAGGAGCAGGCCACCAAGCAGUUUCUAGAAGAGAUCAACAAGUGGACAACGCAACAUGGUGUCUCUCCCCUGUCCUGGAACGCAGCAGUCAAAUUUCUAAUGGCCAGAAAAUUUGACGUUUACCGUGCCAUUGAACUAUUCCACUCAUACCGGGAUACAAGGUUGAAAGAAGGGAUUGUGAAGUUGAAACCACAUGAAGAGCCUCUUAGGUCUGAACUGCUGAGUGGCAAAUUCACCAUCUUGAAUGUUCGGGAUCCAUCAGGAGCAUCCAUCGCCCUCUUCACUGCCAAGUUACAUCAACCUAAUAAAACUUUGCAACAUGUGGUAUUGCAAGCCUUGUUCUAUUUACUUGAUCAAGCUAUUGAAAGUUUUGAAACUCAAAGAAAUGGGCUGGUGUUCAUUUAUGAUAUGGCUGGUUCUGCAUACACCAACUUUGAAUAUGACCUAAGUAAGAAAAUUCUUCACCUUUUGAAGGGCGCUUUUCCUGCUCGUUUGAAAAAAGUAUUCAUUGUUGGUGCACCUGUCUGGUUUCGGUUCCCAUAUUCCGUUCUAAGCUUGAUUCUUAAAGAAAAGCUUCGGGAAAGAGUGCAAAUGGUAAAGACACACGAGUUGAAACAACAUCUGCCCAGGGACUGCCUGCCCGAGCAUUUGGGUGGAGCAAUGAAACUGGACCAUUCCAGCUGGAACAAACAGUUUUUAACCUCUCCAAAUGGCCGCACUGACUCACUGGACGAGCUCAUCACAAGUUUCCCGCGGGAUGAAGUGUCCAUACAUGUGCCAGGGCUGGAAGGAAUGACGGUGGAAGAACUGUUGGACCACGUCAAUACUGUUCAGAAAAGGGGAAUCUAUGAGGAAUACGAGGACAUCCGACGAGAGACCCCGCCAGGCACAUUCAACUGUUCAUUACAGCCCUAUAACCAGCAGAAGAAUCGAUAUGGGGAUGUGUUGUGCUUGGACCAAACUAGAGUGAAGUUGAAAUCCCUCAAUCAUGAUGAGAGGACAGAUUACAUCAAUGCCAGUUUCAUGGAUGGUUAUAAGCAAAAGAAUGCCUACAUUGGCACACAGGGACCUUUAGAAAAGACUUACAAUGAUUUCUGGAGAAUGGUAUGGGAACAACAUGUCCUUGUUAUUGUCAUGACCACAAGAAUUGACGAGAGUGGCAGGAAAAAAUGUGGUCAAUACUGGCCUCUGGACCAGAACACUCGGGGAAACUAUGGACUUAUUUCUGUCAAAAGCCUGGCAGUAGAAAGCUUUAAACAUUAUAACAAAACAACACUAGAGAUUCAGAAUGUAGAGUCCCAUGAGAGACGCCAGGUGAUCCACUUCCAGUACCUGAGCUGGCCAGAUUAUGGAGUCCCAUCUUCAGCGACAGCUCUCAUUGACUUUCGGUCAGCUGUCCGACAGCAGCAAGGUCUUUCUAUCCAAAGCUUGGGUAACCGGUGGAAGGGACACCCUGGAGGACCACCCAUCGUUGUCCACUGCAGUGCUGGCAUUGGGAGAACUGGCACUCUGUGCACUUUGGAUAUAUGCCUUUCUCAGCUGGAAGAUGUGGGUACGCUCAACAUAUACCAAACCGUCCGAAGGAUGCGAACGCAACGAGCCUUCAGCAUCCAGACUCCUGACCAGUACUACUUCUGUUACACAGCAAUUAUCGAGCAUGCUCAGAGGAAAAACCUACUGUCAGCCAAUCAUUAACAAGAGAAUCUCCUCCUCCCCUCUCCCCAACAUAGAUUAUAUACCACUUCUGCACACAUGCAGAUGAGCUCUACUAAUAUACUCCUCGUACAUCUGUAGACGUCCACCUUUUGUGAUUGUACAAGAUCCUAGAAUUAGUACUAGCCUUAACUACUUGGAUAGAACUUAUUUUACAAUGGUUUAAUGCCAUCGUACCAGUAGCCAUCUUCAUGGAGCAUAUAGACAUUUCCUGAAGAAAAUAUGUUACAAUUCAUUUAUUCCAAUAAUGUAGCAUUAGAAAUAAAAUCUACGGUACAGGAGACAUGAGUGGUCAAUGAUAAAUGAAGGCGAUCAUUUUCGCAAAGACUGAAACCACAACCUUUAGACACCAUGUGGCUGGAAAUUGAAGUUCUGUAACGUGUCGUCUGUGGACCAGACUUCCUCCUUUUUCUGAAAAAGAAACUUGUUAAUGACAUACAAAAAGAAAAUAACAACAAAAAAAUUACCUCAAGCAUCAUCUGAGGGAUAGCAGAAAGCACCAAGUUGUACUUCUGUUACCUCGGGCCAUGAUUAACAUUGGGAACGCCAGACGGAUUCUUGACCCUGGAGGCAGUUCUCGUGUCAGUCUCAUUGACAAAGACAAGCUGGGGAAUGAAAUGUCAUCAGCCGAGCUGUGUACUUGUCACUGAUGUCCGUGCCUGUGAGAUGAGUUUACUCUUUGUGCCUUCUUGUCUUUUAUUCGUAAUUGGGGCUGUAGUGCAUGCAGCCAAAGUGUUAUUCAAAACUUAACCUUUCUCUCAGGGGAACUUUAUUUUUCUUCCCUUUAUCUUUCUCCAUCUCUUUUUUUUUUCCAUUUCUCUCAGUUGGAUUUGAUUUAGUUAGGGUUCUAAAAGCAUAAUGGUUACCCAAACUGCUUUGAAAAUCUGCAACUCCACCUGUCUCCCAAAAGCUUCGUUCAAGCUGAACAUGAGAACAGAGGAGUUUACACAGCUCGGUAACCCUCUUGCUUGUCACUGCCUCUGUUGACCUUUAAUAUAAUAUCUCCAUAUACAUCAACCUGAAGCAGCCAGUCUGAUCUGGACUUUGCUAUAUGUCAGAAAUUUCUGUGGCAUUGUAAAUUUAUUGCAGCCUGACUUAACGCCAUGAACAAAUGACAGAACAAGUCCUGUAUUUUGAGUACGCUUAUGUGCAUACUAUUGGGUCAUUUUCUGCACCUGCCCAAAUUUCUUAACUUCAGGAUUUCCGUUACGAUGGAUGACAUUUCUCAGUAAUCUUUGAGUCGUGUCAUUGCUUUCAACAAUCAUGAAUUCUUGGCUUGUUUUUGUGUUCCUUUCCAAAGGGCAGAAUGUGGAAAUAAUCCUUGAGAGAUGGAUAAACCUGUGAGGCAAGUAUAAACCCUUCAGGUUGAUGCAACCAUACAUAGAGAUAAUUGUCAGCUGACAGCAAGCAGUCCACUCCUCCUGGUGAAGUGAUCACACCAUUAGAGCCCAGUGAGGGGAAUCUAGGAUGAAUUCCAUGAUAGGAGUGCUCAAUAUUUUUUGCUGUGUAUAGUUUUCAGAGAAAUAACAAGUGCUUUCAUUUACCACACAGUACCUUUCAAAUGAAUUAUAUUUUGCAACACUGACCAAAUCUCUCUGCAUCCUUGGAAAUUUGAGGCCAAUAUUUAUGUUGUGCUACUUUACACAUGCAAUGCGUUUUCUUGUAUGUCUGUUAUUCAGUUUUCACUGUUUAGUUUGUGUCAGGAAGAACAAAGGCAAUGGAGCAAACUCUUGACUUUGAGAAGAUUGGUUUUCAGGUGUGUUGGGGGUGGGGGGGGAGAUGUUCAGCAAAAACAGCCAUCACAGCCUUUAAUGGUGUUCCUGUUAUAUUGUAUUGAUUUUCUCACACAGGUUUAUAAAUGGUCAUUGUAACAGGACUGAAAUUGAUAGAUGGUAUGACUUUCGGAAUUGUAAGUUUAUAUGUGAACUAGUGAAUUGUAAGCCAAAAUAGUUAAAAUGAAUGGUUUAAUUCUAUUGUGUCAUUUAUUGCCUUAAAUCAACAAUGUCAUGGAUAUUCUUGGAUGAUCUUGACUUAACUGAUAUGUGUCAUACAAAAUGGGUCCUAAUUUCCUUUGGAGAAUUGUCCUGUACUAAUUCACGAUUCAGUGAGCGUUUAGGUUCAGCCUUGCACCAGUACUCUCCAUCACUCCCACCUAAAUGGACUGUUAUCAUUCUUGAUUCCGAGGAUAUCCCAAAAUAGAAGUUGUGCUUCUGACUUGCAAGUGAAGACAUUGAGUUCUGGUUGAACUUUUACUUGAGGGAUUUUCAGUAGAUUGAUUUGCUGUAAACCCAUUGGUUGUGAGGAAAAAGCUAGUUCCCUAGCUCAAAUUUCUGCUGCAAAAUAUUUUUUAGAUUUUUGCAUGAAACAGUACAAUUUUACUCUUAAGAACCUCAGAAGAGCAAAAAGGGAACAAAGGGCUAUUUUUCUCAUUACUCAUUGUCCUCAACGUUGGAACAUUAGGCUGCCAUUCAGUAAGUUUAUGGCUGAUCUGUAGCCUGACUCCAUCCACUUGCCUUGGUUUAUGUCCCUUAAUGGCAUUGGUCAGCAAAAGUCUAGUGAUAUUAGAUUUAAAAUGAUUUUUUAAGAUGCAGUCAACUGCUUCAUGUAGGAAGAGAUUUCCAGACUACUACCACCUUUAGUGCAAAAAUCUGUUUUGUAACUUCUGAAAAGUUUUAAGGAGCAUCAUAGUGAACUCAAAACAUUAAUUCUCUCUUUCUCCUGAAUUGCCUGGCUCUGAUUUUAAAGUUAUGUCCUUUGAUCUAGACUCUGCCUACCAGCACAAAAUAAGUGUACAAUCUAUCCUUGUAAUCUCUUGUAAAAUCAUCCCUUACCUUUCAGUAUUCCGAUUUCAUAUAAUUUCUUCCCAUAAUUUAACCCUGUGAGUCUUGGGUGCCUGGACAGUUCCAAGAUUAAUAUAUCCUUCUUAAGGCAGAAUGUCUGAAACUGCACACGUACUAAAGUGUGGGUCUUUGUAUACCUCAAGCAAAGUUUCAUCCACUUUAUAUCCUACAUUGCUGAAUAUAAAGGCCAGCAUUCCAUUAGCCUUUCUAAUUUUCUUUUGUAUCUGUUGUUUAUAUUGUAGAGGCCUGUGUAUAUGGAUCUCUUAAAUUUCUUUGAACUCACACUGGCUGUAGCUUUCAUUAAAUAAUAUUGAAGUAUUUCAACAUAACCUAUAUAGCAUUAAUCUACAUUUUGCACUCUCCUGUAACAGCAGUACCUGAACUGCAACCUCUUAAUGUUGCCAAUAUCUAAAUAACUUGUACGGAGAUUGCGUGUUUUCACUUGUGCAUCUCAUUUGCUGAUCUAUUUUAAUUUUUUGGAGUUUGGAAUUGAAUAUUUGAAUGUUCCUCACUGCUGGAUAAAUCCUUCGUUGCUCACAUGUACACAAAUGACUGGGAACAGAGAUUAAAACCUUGUGUGGUGCCCCCAGGAUUCAUGACCCACAAGGACUGCAAGUUUGAGCAUUCCUGUUGUACAAGUAUUUGACUCUUCAACUUUACUGCGAAAGCUAUUCCACUCGCUGAGUUCAGAGGUUUUCUUCCUUACCAGCUUGAACAUUGUUGAAUUGAUCAUUGCUGCUCAGCGUCUGAGUGAGGAGCAUGAACUAAUUAUGAGUUAUUGUUACUGUAUGUACAGCAGCACUCAAAGUGGAAACUCUCCUGAUUGUGUAGUACUUAGAUUUCUUUUAUCCAAAAAGAAAAUGCUGAACUUAAUACUCCAUUAGAAGCAAUUCUGGAAUUGAGUGUACAUCAGCCACCCAAAUGAUGAGGGAAGAUUUGUGCUAUCAUAACCCAUCAUGUAAACAAUUGAAUUGUAUGGGCUUGUUUUAUUUCAUGGUAACCAAUAGCCCCAAUUUGGCCUCACUAACAAUACUGGUUAAUGUACAUUGGUAGGCAUAGAUCAUAUUAUUAGUUGACACUUCAUUGCACGCAUGGGCCGUUAUGUAUAUCUCAGGCUCAUGGUUUUUUGGUUUUGAUCCUGUUACUGCAUCAACCUGAUUUCCAGAACAAUGAGUUGCAGCCUAGAAUGGCAUAUGAAUGUGGAAAAAUAUUACCUGACUACUUAGGAGAAUAAAACAUUGGUCACAGAAUUGAGGAGUAAAACUCCUUCCCAUUGUGUGCCCUCCUACUAUAAGCUGACGGUAACAUUUUUGCAGUUCUUUGGAUCAUUUGAGCAAUAAUGUGACUGAGUCGACAGGCUAUACUUCCCGAUGUUGUAAAGGUGAAAAAAAAACGAGGAGGAGAACAUGAGUUUGAUUAGAAGAGCUGACAUUAAACUAAGCUGAAUGUGUUCAGGCUUAGGAUUGAACAUUAUACUGGUAACAAAAGUGUGUUAGACCUAAGAGUUCUACAGCACAAAUACACCAGUCAUUUUGGUUUUAUCAGCAGGUUUCUCCCCAACAUAUAGACACAUCAUCCUCAUAUUUCCAACCAAAUUACUGAAAACCAAGAAUUUGAUUCGACAACACUGAAGAAUGGUGAUAUAUUUCCAAACGAACUUGUAUGUGGUGAUGAGCUUUUACAUCUCUUGGUCUUGUCCUUAAAAGUUAUGGUGGUCAUUGGUUUGGAAGGUGCAGAAAGUUUACCUAGAUAUUGCAAUGAAUCUUGUAUUUAGUUAUAUUGCUGCUACUGUAUCGAGGAGAAAGUGAAUGUUUAAGUUAAUGGUGUGCCAAUCAAUAUUUUGUCCUGGAUAGUUUCGCUCCUCUUGAAUAUUGUUGGAGAUGUACUCAUUCAGGGAAGUAGGGAGUAUUCUUUGCACUCCUGCCAUAUCUAUAGAUAGCACCAGGCUUUGAGGAGUCAGGAUGUGAAUUACUGGCCAGAGAUCCCCAGCUUCUGACCUGUUCUUGUAACCAUAUAUUUAUAUGGCUAGUUCUGUUUCUGGUCAGUGGUAACCCAAUGUCCAGGCUGGUAAAUUCAGCAAUUUCUUGAACUUUAGGAGGAGACGAUUAGAUUCUCUGUUGUUGAAGGUGGUCAUUUCUGGUAUUCGGAUACAAGUGCAAUUGAUCAGCUGAAGCCUUCAUGUUAUCCAGGUCUUGCUUCUUGCAGAUUCCUUCCUUCUCUGAGGAGUUGCUGGUUUUGCUAAACAUUGCACUCAGCAGUGAAUAUUCCCACUUCUGAACUUACGAUAGGCAGAAAUCUGUUGAUAAAGCAACUAAAGAUGAUUAAGCCGAGGGCACUACCCUGAAGAACUCCAAUGGAGUUGGCCUGGAGUUGAAAUAGUUGACUUCCAGCAACAGCAGUUGUCUUCUUUUGUGCUAGGUAUGACUCCAACCAGUGGACAAUUUUCCCCAAAGUUCCCAUGACUUCAAUUUUACUGAAUUUCUUGAUGUCAUGUUGUUAAAUGUUGUCUGGACGCACAUCAUAUUUGGAGUUCAGCUCUUUUAUUCAUGUUUUGGCUCGGGUUGGAAUGAAAUCCAGUGUCAGAUGGCACUGGUAAAACCAAAACUGAGUGUCAGUUCACAGGUUAUUGCUUGAAUAUGCGCUGCCUGGGAGUUCCCAGUAAUGGAUCUAUCUCUCCUCAUUCCAUCAAUAAAUCAGGCUGAUGCACUGGAACACUGCACAUUUUCCAGACCUGGACAUCAGAUUGUCAGCAAGGACCAACUUAGCCCUAAUCCUUGAUCACCUAUACUGUUUCUUGCAGCCAUUCCAACCCCAUAAAGACCCUGCUUCUCAACAUUUUUAUUUCCAAAUUCUCAUCCCACCUCAACUGAGAAGGAUAGUCGCUAGUUUGAUAUAAAUAAUUUGGAUAUAAAGGGACUGUCUCUACAUGCUGCUCAAAACAGGCUGAGAACAAAACACUGGAGAAUGGCUUUUCCACUUUAUAGAUGUGUACGUAUGUGCGCCACCAUUUAUUCCUCAACCAACAUUUCUGAAACAGAUUGUCUGGUCAUUAACACAUUGACCUUUGUGGAGACUUGCUAUGCAACCCACAGCAAGUGGACUCCAGUGAUUCAAGAGGGCAGCUCACCACCACCUUCUCAAGGGCUAUCAAUGAUGGCCAGCCAGCGACGCCCAAGUCUCUCAAAUAAAUUUGAAAAAAAUACAAAUAGGCUAUUAUGUUCCCUAUUUUACUACACAUCCUUCAUUGGCUGUAAAGUGCUUUGAGAUUAGGGUGCUAAAUAAAUGCCAGGUUUUUAAAAAAUAUCUAUUCUGUGUGCAUGCAUCUAUUUGCCUACAUGGUAUUUCUUCAUCAUGUUUCCUUCAGGAUUAGAGGUUGAUAAUACAGCUUUUGAUGCCAGUGAGAUUUAGAGCUCUGCUUUUGACGAGUGUGCUCAUUGUGACCAGCGAUUUUCCAACUCCAAAACUGGCCAUUGCUAGAGGAUGCUGGAGUCAACCUGUUAUGCUAACAUGUAACUCGUGCCCAGAGUUUAAGUAUUUGAAGUGUGUUAGCCUUAACACCUGCGAUAACUAUAUGGGUGAGUACUUGACAAUCGUUAAGAAACUGCUAAGCCUUUAGUUCGUGUAAUUUAUUACAAGUUGAGAUUGUAGUAGAUUCAUGGAGCAAAUAUACUGCUUAAUCGCAAAGUAUGGUAUAGAUCAGGGAAGCAAUUCAGACCAUUAACCGAUCAUCCCAAAGAAUGUCUAAGACCAAUUGCCAUAGCGCUCAACUGCUUUUUGAACUACUCCUCCAUGACAUUGUGCUUAUUCUAGAAGUUUAUCUUCAUGAGUGGUUUCUAAACAGAAUCUAGAUGUAGUAGCCAUUUUGAACCUCUUCACCUGUCCAUGUGCUUGUGCCAUUUUGCUCAAUAGGGCAGCGUGAUCUUUAUUUUAUUUGCACUUGGAAUUAACUGUGACAAAAUGGGUACAGAACAAAACUCUUACAGCAACAUGCUUUGAAGAUGAUGCUGGGAUGCAGAAACCUGGAUUAAUUAAAUAAAGUUCACACUGGGUCUGUAUCAAAAACCACAUUUUCUUGUCUUCACUUCCCACCCAGGCUAAGGGACAAGGGAUGUAUUGUUCUCUCAACAAUGCAUGUCAUCCUGUUUUAUUCUAGAAAACACCAGGAGGUGGGAACAAAAUAUCUAAUGUUUGUCAGCCUAAGUCCAGACUUGCCAGUUGUUUUUUUUUUAAAGAUGUUUCAAACAACAGGAGUGGACUUUUAAAUCAGUCUGUGAAAUACCCCACUGUUUGCAAGAGGUGCUGCUUGAAGCUAACACUGGUAUGUGCCAAGGAUUUGAAAUAGAACCAACAAAACAGUGGAAUUUCUCCCUGUCAGGUCCAUUUGGUCUCAUUCCUUUGUUCAUUUCCAGCUGUCCUUUAAAUUUGUGUUUUCCAUUUUUUUAAUCAAUUUAUUUUGUAAAGGGUAUUACCAGUUCUGUUUCCACUAUUGUUUUUUUUGAAGGACAAUCUAUUUCAUAAGAGUCUUUGAAUUAAAAUCACUUUCUAAACCUUUCUCGUUGUCCUUUUGGUGAGUGCCUAGUUGCCAAGGGCAAGUGUCUUUUUUUUCCUUAAUGAUCUGAACAAGCUUCUCGUGUAGAGCACAGCUCUCUGCUCCCCCCUCAACCUUGCAGGUGCAAUGCUAACAGCCCCUUCUGCUGAGUUUAAUAUUCUCAAGAAUGUGAAUUUAAGCAGAUUUCAUCUUGCCCCUGUGCACUGAUGAGUUGAUUCUUUGUUCAUAUAGUCCAGGAAUAUUGAUAUUGCUCCGAUGUUGUUCUGAACAUUAAUGCAAGUCAUUGUUGAUUUGACAGUAGUUUAAAAUAUUGCGAAUAUUCGGAACAUAUCAAAGUAUUGUUCUUAGCACACAUUCUGAGAUGAGCAACAUGAUAAACCUGACCCACAAAUUAGUUUAGCUGAUGUCUUUCUACAAGCAAAACAAUUUGCCGAAUACUUCCUGUAUUCUCAAAGACCAUGCUCCUUUAACUGUGGAAUUUGGAAAUUCCUAUUCAAAUCAGGUUGUUUGUUGAUAACUAUGUUGUGACAUCAUCCACAAUUGGUGUAUUUUUUAUAUUUUAUGUUCAACCGUUCACUUGAUUCGCAAGUAACAAAAUUUACUCUUGCACUGUUAAAUUUAUAAUGAAUUGUCGGUGCAAUGAUUGCCCAAACAUGAAAUGAGACCAAUUGUGGUGUAGAAGUAUAGCAGGGCUCAAAGACUUAGUACUGAUGUGGUACUGACACAGCAGUUUUGUUCCAAUCUGUAGCGUUCCCACAGAGCCCUCUGCAGUUAACCCCCUUACUGGGUGUGAACCACCAAACCCCGGUCAUCUUGUUCACUGCAGCAGUUGAAUGGUCACUUUUUUUCUUUGAUACUGUGGCCAAAUUUCAGCAAAAGUUGUCAAGUUAUUGGGACCACCAUAGGUAUAAUGUUUCCAAAUCAUUGGAAAAGUUGUGUUACAGGACACAGUGGCUGAGACACGGGCCUAUUACUAGCCAACUGUAGUUAAAACAGCCUGCCCAUAAUAAGUUAAAGUGCUUUAAAAAUAUUUAUUGUAACUCAACUGACAAAAUUAUGCUUUGUGAAGAUUGUUAUUACAUUACGUAUAUUGUUAAUUCCUGUUCUUUUCCAGUGCUGUUCAAGUAAUGUACUAUUUAUUAUUUUUUUAAGUCAA